AUGGAAACCAAUUUUUCAGAAGUCGAGGAUAAUGUUGUUGAACGAGAACAAAAAAAAACUGAAAAUUGUGAGCGAGAAGAUUUUGAUGGCAACGAAAAAUUAGUGCACGACAGUUUGAAAGUGUUUUUGAUGUGGCUGAAGAUUGUUGGAAUGUAUUUUGAUAUCACAAAUGAAGAAGGAGAUGAUUCUCGCGCAACAAACGUGGUUGCACUUAACAAUGGGACAAGUACUGACGUUUCAAUAGUAAAUUUGGAAAAGGAUGCUGACAUGGAAGAUAAAGCGAUUAAAUUAGAAAGAUAUAAAAACUCAACACAGAAUAAAAACAAACAAAAUGCAGCUAGACCGAAAAAAUUGUUUUUAAAAAUGUUUUACCCUACCGUGGUUUUGAUAUGGAAUUGGUUUAAUUGCAUCAGAUUGUUCACUUUAUUCAAGCAAGGAGAGAAACUGAACUCAGACUUCAUUUUCAAAUUAAUUAUUCUCAUAUAUAUUUUCAUCACCGCGAGCUAUCAAACCGCGUUCUAUUAUGCUUGUUAUAACGGGAAAAUUGACAAAAUAUUUGCCGGACUGUCGCAAGCAAAAGGAGUCAGUUGCAAGUACUUGCGCAAAAGUGCCACCGCUCUGACGGUUGGUUCCAUUUGUUUCUCCAUUAUCGCUUCGGGUCUGCUGAUUUUCGGAACCUUUAAAAUAACUUGGAUGUUCCAAAAGAUGGUUGCCCCUUUUUAUUCUUGGAUUGAAAUCGAUGAUUGGAAACUGGAUAUUGCCCUCAAAAUAUUUAUCACGGUGUUUUUUGUAUUUGAGCCACCAGCUGCUGUAUCUGCUAUAUCCUUCACUAUGUUGGUAUCACUUACAAUGAGGAAAUGUUUCAGAGAUUUGGAAAGCGAUUUAAAACAAUCGAUUAUCACGAUUCCUGGUGUUUACAGCAAACUGGAAAAGAAGAAGAAGUUUUCAUCACUGACUUUUAAAUCAAAUUCGGUUGUUCCAAGUGCAUAUACACGAGAAAAUGGAGUAAUGAGAGUUAACGAGGCUACAGAAACCAAACCAAAUUUUUCAUCCGGUAAAGAUGAGAUGAAAGACAGGAGUCUUAUUUUGCGAUCAAGAACUUCCAACUGCAAACUGACAAAAAAGUUUUGUGAAGAUGUUAUUCUGAACGCACACAUUCAGGACCACGAAAAUAAAAUAUUCCUAACCAACUCGAUUGAAUAUUUUCGUCAAAGAUACCAGUCAACAGCAAGGUUGGUUAAAAAAGCCGACAGCUUCAUUUGCAUUUGCAUUGGAAUAGGAAUAACGGGAUUUCUUCUGGAAGCCAUCAUGGUUUUUUACACUCUCAUCUUGCGCACGUGCCUUUUUGAAAACUAUGCAACCAUCGUUAUUAUCAUGGCUUUCUGGACUAUUGUGAGCAUCUCGAUCUUGAUCUAUAUCUCUGCAGCAGGAGUUCUUGUCAAUAAUUCUGCAAACAAGGUGCUUGAGAAGUUGCACGAUAUAGAUUUGUUGAAGUAUCCGGCUGAGGUUGGACACAACCUGCUCGUCUUCAUCAGCAGAUCGAAUACACAGGAGGGGAUGGGCUUCACCGUUUUCCGCAUCUUCAUGAUCGACAAAAACACAAUUAUGACCUGUUAUUUAUCGUGGAAUGCACAAAUGCUUUCUAAGAAUCGAAAUCUCAAAUUUUUAUCAUUGAAUUAUAAAAAAUACAGAAAAGCCGAAAUAAACAAAAUGCUAGAAUAG